GGAGAAAUUGGAGAGAGAGACGCACACAGAUUUCGUCGUUAAUCGUCGCAGCAGCUUAUGUCGUUAUAAUAUCUUGACAUCGAAUACUGGAUAUCCUUGUGUGAUUUUCACGCGUAUGUUUCUCUUCAGUGAUGGAUUUGCGUUUUGUUUUGUUUGCGAUCUUUUUGAUUCUCAAUGCAGCUUUUGUUUGUUCCACAGAUGACUCGAAGAACAAGAAACAAAAUUCAAACGAUGUUCGGCUUAGUGCAAGUAUCUUGAAUAAUUCUUUUCUGCAACAAGUGACAACAGAAAAGACAACGAUAAGAAAUAACGUAAACCGAUUUUUUACUCCAUCACAAACUUUUACUGUUAAUACUAAUUUCUUUCCUAGUUAUCUUGAUAAUGAUUUCCUUAAUUCCAUUCAAACCGAUUCAAAAGGUCCUAUUAGUUUGUCAAUACCUAGUAAUACACAAUCUAUUGGUUCUUCAAAACCUGGUACGACUACUUCUAAAGUUUAUUCUGCUGACCAGAUCUUUGAUCCGUAUUACAUCAAAUUCCCGACAAACUCGGCAGUGUCAGAACGUAAAUGCGAUGAAUAUGUAGAAGAAAUUGCGGGAUCGACCUGGAUAACGCCUCUGACUGGUACGUCGUCGGGCGCAAUUAAAGUGAUUAAAAACUGCGACGGUACAGUGAAUCAGUUGGUGGUUGGAGGCACCGAGGCCCGGGUCGGCGAGUUUCCUCACAUGGUAGCUCUAGGCAAACCCACUCCCCAGUUCCAACUGAAUUGCGGCGGCACGCUAAUUUCUCAUACCUGGGUACUUACCGCUGCGCAUUGCACUCAUGGGGGCAGUGGUGGUGCAACUCACGCAAGGAUAGGCUUCCAUAAAUUAACGGAUAAAGAUGGCAUCAUAAUUCCUAUCAAACGCACUCUAAGACACGAGGACUAUAAGCCACCCGCGCUGUAUGCGGACAUAGGUUUGGUUGAGCUCGUGAGCACCGUCAACUUUAGCAGACUUAUUCGACCUGCGUGUCUUUAUCAGAGCUAUGAUACCGUGCCUACACAAGCUUGGAUUAGUGGUUGGGGCGUUGUUGAAUUCAGCGGAGAGGUGAGCAAUGAACUGCUAAAAGCUCAACUAAAUCUGGUAGACAAUUUGAUGUGUACACAACAGCACAACAGUUCCCUAGCAGCUCCAUAUGGUGUUAAACCGACUAUGAUUUGCGCUGGUGGUCAGAAAAACCCCGGAAUAGACGCUUGCCAAGGAGAUUCUGGGGGUCCUCUACAAAUAAUCCAUCCUAGUAGUAAAUGUCUUUUUCAAGUGAUCGGUGUCACUAGCUUCGGUCAAGGUUGCGGAAUGGGAAUUCCUGGCAUUUAUACUAAAGUGUCCCAUUAUCUUCAGUGGAUCGAAGAAAAUGUCUGGCCAGGAGAAGGACCUCCAUCGUCAAAUGUUCGUCGAAUACUGAAUAUCCUUGUGUAUUUUACGUGUUUCUAUUUAAUAAUGAAUUUUUGUUUUGACUUGGUUGCAAUUUUCUUGAUCCUUAAUGUUGCCUCUGUUCAAUCAACAGAUAAUGAUUCUUCAAAGAAAAAGAACUCAAAUAAAGUUCAACAUAGUUCAGAUAUCUUGAACAAUCGUUUCUUGCAAUCGUCAAGCGGCAACGAAAAUGGAAACCUAUUGUUGUUAAACUACUUUGCAUCACAGGCAUCCGAUAUAGUCUUUCCUGAUAAUAACUAUAAUCCCUUUCCUCCGAGUAAUUCAAACCCAUUCUUGUUAGAUGACUUUACAUCACAAGGUUCCGAUAUAGUCUUUCCUGAUUAUGAUUAUAAUCCGUCUUCUAAUAGUAAUAAGAAUCCUUUCGUGAACUGUAUUAAAAUCAAUACAAAAGUUAAUACAAAGUUAGAACUCAAUAAAGAAAUUAAUACUCCUGUUACACAGAGAUCUUAUCUACCACCAUUACCUUAUUGUCAUACAUCUGCAUCUAAUACACCUGUACCAGCAUUUACUAAUCCAGUCCCAUUUCAUAAUAAUUCUACGACAUCUCGUACUACGACCUCUACUUCUCCUAAAACUCAAAUUCCUCCAAUUUUAAGCUUAUCGCCGCAAAAUCUAUCGUUACCUGUGGGAACGGUAUCAGAACGCAAGUGUGAGAAAUAUGUGAACGAAGUUACGGGCACAUCUUCGGAAACGUCUACUACUAGUUCAUCGUCGAACGUGAUCACGAUUAGUGCUUGCGAUAGAUAUAGCUUAGUAACCUUCGGUAUCACAGUGGUCGGUGGCACUGAGGCUUUGGUCGGCGAGUUUCCUCAUAUGGUCGCCCUAGGUAAACGCAAUCCCAACGGAUUCACUCUGAUGUGCGGCGGUACACUGAUUUCGCAUACCUGGGUACUAUCCGCUGCGCAUUGCACUCAUGGACCAAAUGGCGGUCCAAAUGAAGCAAAGAUAGGCUAUCACAAAUUAACAGACAAGACAGGCAUCAAGAUUGCCAUCAAAAAUAUUAUAAGACAUCCGAAUUACAAUCCACCCACGCUAUAUAACGACAUAGCUCUGAUACAGCUCGAGAACGCUGUCAAGUUUAACACAUCCAUACGACCUGCGUGUCUCUUUCAGCAACACAAUACCGUGCCUACACGAGUUUGGAUUAGCGGCUGGGGUGUUACUGAAUUCAGUGGAGAAGUAAGCAAUGGAUUGCAAAAGGCUCAAUUGGAUCUGAUAGACAAUUCGUUAUGUACAGCAAAAUACACUAGUUAUAGAGAAGUUCCGCAGGGUAUCAUGUCGAAUAUGAUUUGUGCUGGCGAUUCUAGUACCUGGUCCAAGGAUACUUGCCAAGGAGAUUCCGGUGGUCCUCUGCAAGUAAUACAUCCUGAUAAUCCUUGCGUCUACCAAGUAAUGGGUAUCACCAGCUUUGGUCAAGGCUGCGCAACUACUGAAGUCCCUGGAGUUUAUACUAGAGUAUCCCAUUACCUUCAAUGGAUUGAAGAGAUUGUCUGGCCAAAAGAACAAGAUUCGUAAUUUAUUCAACUUUUACGAAAAAUUAACAAGAUCUUUCUGAACUUCGACAGAUCUUAGUAGUAAAAAAGCAGAAUGGUUAUCAACUGUCUUACUGUAUAGGUGUCAUUUGUAGAUCGUCAAUCCUUAUCCGCAGAAUGGGUCAACGAUUUCAUCGGAUUUAAGUCCUGGUGACUUAUCAGACCACAUUUAUGAUAUGUCUAUAAUACUUAAGUAAGUCUUUAGGCGUGGGAAAUUGACCUAUUAUACUAAUAUGAGAAGAAUAAUCGAGUAUGAUUACUCAAUUUUAUACGGUAUAAGGCUUAUUACAUUUAUUGUAGACGGAGCUUGCAUGACGAGAGACGCACCUAUAUUUAUUAUCGGAAAAACGCAUAAGAUUAUGUAAAUCUCUUACGUGUUACUUGGUCUUAUUCAUAACAUUGAGGAAGUGCACAAAGAAGCAUUUUACCUAUAAUUGACUUACUCAUCGCUUAGCUUUUACAUCAACUGCAGAACAGUUAUUUUAUACAACUUGUUUGUGAAAGAUUGGAGAUGUAUUUCGUUGCACUGUUGUCUGCGCGGAACUUACUGAAAAUGGAAACCAAUAAAUUUAUUAUACAUUGACUUUGUUAUAAAUUGAUUCGAUUUGGUUUCGAUCACUGGCUUACCUUUCUCUUAUUUUUUCAAUAUCUUUUUAUUUUACAUAUUUUUAUGUAAAGUAAUAACUGUUUUAUCUGUUUUAAUUAUUAGAAUUAUAAAUUAUCCAGUUUGAUCGAUAGACGAUCAGUAUGCUCUUGAUAAUUAUCCUGUAUGAAUAUUGUCUGCAUAUAUUUCUCCUCUUCUUUUUCUUAUUUUAUUAUAUUUUUUUAUGUUACAAGAAAAGAAGAAGCUUUAUAUUUUUAAAACAAAUUUAACUAUUAUAUUAAAUUAAAUUAAAUAAGCAAUUAAUAUUCCAUAAAAAUAUAAGAUUAAAAAUUAAAAUUAAGUCUUUCACUAAUUCUGUUACUAAAUACGUAUUCUAAAAAAAAUGUAUCAUUAAUAUAAUAAUUAACUAUAUCAACUUUAUAAAUAAUAAAGAAGUCGUUAUAUUUAAAUGUGUUGAUUAUAAUUUAUGUAUUUUAAUCAUAUUUUACACACAAUGUAGAAUCGAUGUAAAAACAGCUAGGAAGUCCCCCAAAACCCGAGAGGGAGGAGUAAAUAAACAAACUUACUUUACUAA